GGGGCCGUUGAGAAGCAACCAGGGCUCGGGCUGAGACGGGCGUCUAUGAUUAUACGGUCGUUUCUUCUUUCACAGCUUCCUAAAACCUCACGUGUGCUAGAAGUGAGCUUUGAAGGGACAGAGGACCGUUCAGUUUAAUGCUAAUUGGUACAUCAGUCACCAAGUGGAGUCAGUUUGCAGUAAUUUUUUUAAGCAUAAUUCUUCCCAGACACAUUAGGGAUGGCAAGCACUCGUAUCUCAGCCAAGCUUCCCCCUGAUAUAGAUCCAACAAAAGCUCCUGUUGCAUUUGGGAGGCUUGCUCUUCCUAAACUGAACAGAGAGAUACAAGCUCCUGAGGUGCUGACUCAGCAACGGGCAUUGGCGGCACUCUGUGAUCUGCUCCAUGACCCAGAAAACAUCUACCAGGCAGUCCAGAUAGGUUUUGUGGAGAACUUGAAGACCUUGCUACCACAUCAUGACAGAACUGUCCGACAGAAGACAACAGAAAUUCUCUACAUAAUGGCAAUGCAUAAUGUUGGCAGGCAAAGUUUGAUACAAAAUACAGUAAUACCUGCCCUCACUAAACUUUUGGAUGACCCAGAAGACAUAUGUCGGAAGAACACCCAUCAAGUGCUUGACAUGAUGGCCAGGUUACAUGAAGGGGCUGCUGAUAUUCUGCACGCCAGUUUGGUUCCUUUACUCGUACUCAAAUUGAAGACUGAGCCAGAUGAAAUCCAGGAACUGAUCCUGGGCACACUCUCCAACUGUCUGCGCAUAGAGGUUUCUGAAGAACUGGCAGCUGAUGCCAUCACCAUUCUGAAGGAAAAGCUGAAACAUCCCUCAGCAACCAUCAGAAGCAAAGCGGCUCAGGUCAUUUUAGAAAUUGGAACCCACCCAGAGGGAAAAAGCAAAGCGUGUGAAGAGGUCAUUCCACUACUGGUGAGCCUGUUAGAAGAUGCGGAUCCUGAAGUCCAAGCUAGUGCAGCAGGAGCACUGAUGUUUGCUACCAUUAAACCUAAGGGGAGAUGCUUAGCCCUGCGUGCUGAAGCCAUUCCACGGUUACUGAAACUGGUUGCUAAGGAAAAUAGCAAAGCCCGUCUGAAUGCAAUCAAAACCCUCACUAUGUUGGCAGAAGUGGGUGAGGGUCGCAAGAAGCUCCUGGAACGUAUAGACGUGUUUCAACAGUGCCAGAGGGACCCCAGCGAGGCAGUGAAAAGAGCCACCAAAAUUGCCAUCAAAGUCAUCCAAUGGAAACCUGUCUGAAGAGGUGGCAUUGCACAGAGAUCUAUUGCCCUCUGUUGUUGCACAAUUAUACAUGACAUCCAAAAGCAAAAUUCUAUUGUUCUUUUCUUCCAAAAAUUCAUUUGUCAACAGCUUUGUAUCUGUGUUAUGGGUCACAAGGAAAGCAAUGGGGAAACAGAAAAGCUGGCAAGUCUGACAUUCUCCACUAGGAGUUAUCUCCUGGGAUACCAUGCCAAGAUUUUCCUGAGAUAUAAGAAACUGACUCUUCUGAGUUUUUAAUACACAUAUGUUAUAUGUAUAAUCUCAGCCUGUCAGCACCAAUCUUUAAUCAUAUUAAAAAGAAAGGUUCAUAA